AUGACGCCUGAGGAUAUUCAGCCCAUCGAACAAGCAAUGGCGAUGCUCACACCCGAGGCGCUUGGCAUGGUGCCGUACGCCCACCCUUACAUCAGCCCUCCGUCGAUCCUCUCGGGGGAGAUUCGAUAUCUACACAUCGCGCAAGAGGCGACCUUCUCCAUCGGAGUGUUCGUUCUGCCGCCGGGGGCUUGCAUGCCGCUUCAUGACCAUCCAGACAUGCUGACGAACACGCGCGCCGGCCCGUGA